UGUUGUUUCAGAAUUUGUUGUUGUUGUUUACCGCUGGCGGUGGCUUUUCUGCUAGAUUGCUCCCAUGUAAACAUUUAUUGUACCGUCCGUCAAAGAAAUCGUUUCAGGAUGAAUUGCACGCCACCAGUCUCUCCUCGAGUGUUUCAUGCUUUACAAAGUUUGAAUGUAUCAGAGCUGCAGAAGUUCACCGAAGAUGAAAUACGUCCGAUUUUGCCCUGUCUAGUUCGCAUGAGUUUGAUAUCUCCUUUAGAAUUGAAUAACAAGUGCUCUGAAAAUCGCAAAAGUAUCCUCACAUUACUCGCUGGCAUAGACGUGGUCAAUUCCCUCGUGGCUCUGCUGUCAAUUGAAUUUCACGUGUUGGAGCAAGAUGUCAAGAAAGAGCAACAGUUGAGGCAAAAGAUUGGCUCUGGUCAUUCUGACGGACUCAAUCAGAAUCUGCCCAAUGGAAUAGCCAUUGAGUUUGAACGCAGCCCAACGAUAGAACGAAUGAAACUUGUCUUAAGUGAAAUAUUCCUCAUUAACUCUCAGAUUCAAGAACAUGCUCGCAGUGUACAAGUUGCCCAAUCGUCUGGGCAAAUCAGUGGUCCACCAGAAUUUUUCAUGAAGCAAUCAGAGCUUUUUGAUAAUGCUGUUUACAUUGAUGAAAUAUGUGAUGUCAUUUGUAUCGCACUCGAAGAACUGCCCAGUAUUUUAAACCACAUUGAGGUUGUGGAAAUCUUCCUUCACGUACAACAUGGCCCUAGAAUCAUCUGUACUAUCGUCGCCAACCAGCCUGAUGUUUUCAGAGAGGUGUGCACAGCUUUGAUUACAAAUGGAGAAAAACAGGAAGAAGAAAGCUUAAGUAACCGUAUCAGAAUGCAAACGUUGAGCAUGUUGUGCCAAAUGAAUCCACUUCAAGCACUCAGUAUUCGGGCCAAAUGUGUUGAGCUGUGUCGGAUGCCAGCCCUAGCAAUCAUGUUGACUCUGGGCAGAAGCAUGGAGCACUUGGAGGAUGCUGACAAUAUGGAAAUUGAUGAUUCCGAGAUGCCGGAUGACAGUGAUAUCGUAGCUUUUGUGUCUGGACUUCUGCUUGGAAAUGAUCAACAGAUCCGUAAUUGGUUUGCCUUGUUUGUUCGCAAUGGUCAAAAGAGGAAGUGGGAAUCGCAUGCUGCAUUACAACUACUUCGUAGAGCACUAUUGAAGCGCCUGGAAAGCAUAAACCGAUUAGCGGCUGCUGGUGGAAAUGUUGCAGACACUCUUGUGGUACAAGCCUCAUCGUUACUUCGACUCUAUUGUGCUCUGCGGGGCAUUGCUGGGAUCAAGUUUCAAGAUGAAGAAGUUAAUGCACUCAUUCAGCUGUUGACUUGGCAUCCCAAUCCCUCCACAGCCGGUGUUCGCUUUGUCUCUAUGGGCUUAUGCAUGCUCAUCGCAUGCCCAACACUAAUAUCAUUAGCUGAACAUGAGAAAAAGGCCAUUGAAUGGGUGCAGUGGCUGGUGCAUGAAGAAGCCUACUUUAAAAAAGCUAGUGGAGUAACAGCCUCCUUUGGAGAAAUGUUACUGCUGAUGGCGAUCCACUUUCACAGUAACCAACUUUCAGCUAUAAUUGACCUGGUUUGUUCCACAUUGGGCAUGAAGGUGUUGUCCAGAUCCAACAACAUGAGCAAAAUCAAGCAUCUUUUCACUCAAGAUGUUUUUACAGAGCAGGUUGUAACUUCCCAUGCUGUGAAGGUUCCUGUAACUCCAAAUCUCAAUGCAAACAUGCAAGGGUUCUUGCCUGUUCACUGCAUUCAUCAGCUCCUCAAGAGCAGAGCAUUCACCAAACACAAAGUACCAAUUAAAGAAUGGAUUUACAGUCAACUUAUAUGCAGUGAACCUCCACUUCAUCCUGUACUCCCUCCACUUGUGGAAGUCUACGUGAAUUCUAUGCUGGUGCCUAGUGCCAAAGCUCCAUUAGAGUCAGUAAACCAGCCCAUCACAGAAGAUGAAAUUAGGAGUGUUUUUCAAAAUUCAUUUUUUGGGGAACUGUUUGAGAACAACAGCAAGGUAAAUGUGAAUUUCAUGGGUUUUUUAUCCAAUGAUUUAGAAAUGAUAAGCACUGAAAAUAACUUUGUAUUUUAGCACGCAUCAAGAAAUUCAAUAGGAGCUGGAAAACCCCCGUCACUCACAGCUCAACUCCUUCUAUUAUACUAUCUUGUGCUGUAUGAAGAUGUUCGUCUUGCCAAUGCUCAUGCGCAUGCUCAGUCUGGAGUAUCACCUCGGAGCUAUUCUACCGAGUUCCUAGCCAAGCUGCCCAUCAAGCACCUUCUGCAACAGGCACAGCGAGACCAACACAGCUAUGCGGGUCUCUUUUCACCUUUGUUGCGUUUACUGGCUACACACUUUCCCCACCUUUCACUUGUAGAUGACUGGUUGGAUGAAGAGCCAGCACUGGAUUUGGUUCACAAUCAGAGAGACAACAUAGAACUAACAGCUUUCUCCGUAGACUGUGCCUUUAACAACCUUGCCAAGGAUCCUGCCCAUCUGGCUCGAGUCUUGAGAAGACUAACAGUUCUCCCUGCGACAGAUGUUUGGCCUUUUGCUGAUACUCUGAUAAACCACUUUUCAACCAUGUUAGGUGAUACUGUACCCCGAUACAUUCAAGAACUGUACAGAAGAGUUUGGCUUCGUUUAAACUCGGUCUUGCCGCGUUGCUUAUGGGUCAUGACUAUCAAGGGGCUUGUCAAAGCAAGUGACCCAAUCCAACAGAAAGCACUCUGUUUAACCCAAGAAAAUCUCAUGCAAGAUCCGCUUCAAGUUCUCCGAUGUGACAUCAGAGUCUUUAGAUGCGCAGCUCUUCUUGCUAUUGUGUUGAGAGUGCUGCAAGCUUCGCUUGCGGCAUCCAGAUCCCAAUUAGCGAGGCAUAUUUUGGAUAAGCCGUUAGUGCCAGGGAAAACAGGCCAACUUACGACUGAAACUGAGCGGGAGGAACUAAAGACUGCGCUGAUUGCAACACAAGAGAGUAUAGCCGUUCAAGUGCUGCUGGAAGCAUGUUUGCCCACUAAUGAGGAUAAGGAUGUCCCGGGCCAGCUGUGGUCCUUGAGGGAGGUGAGAUCUGUAGUUUGCUCUCACCUACAUCAAGUCUUCAUUUCCGACCCAUCCUUAGCUAAAUUGGUCCACUUUCAGGGUUAUUCUAGACCUUUACUAGAUGUGACUGUGCCGGGUAUACCAUCAAUGCACAUAUGCCUUGAUUUCAUCCCGGAACUUCUGUCACAACCAGACCUACAAAAGCAACUUUUUGCGGUUGACUUGGUUUCACACCUCGCUGUUCAGUAUGCUCUCCCCAAAUCGCUUUCUGUUGCGAGGUUGGCAGUCAACACUCUUUCUACACUUCUGGGAGUUCUACCCAACAAUAGCAGAGUCAAGUUAUACGGUAGAGCUCUUCCGGCGCUGGUGAGGAUUUGUCGAGCCCUGCCACCACUCAUUGAUGAUGUCGUGUCCCUUCUAAUGCAACUAGGUCGAGUGUGCAUGGCAGUUGCCUCUCUGGACACAGGAUCUAGUGCCUCUGCCAUACGUUAUCAGUCGACGAUGAAUUGUGCAAAGUAUGAGCAGUCCCUUAAGUUCAGUCACCAGCUUCUUUGUUUGCAAAUCCAACAGGCUUUCUCUGAAAUUCUAGAGAGAGCAGUUCUCAGCACAAAUGUGUAUUGAGGUUUUCUCCAAAUUAUUUCCUUAAAUCAUAUCAAUUGUGUUCGUUUGUGAUUUUAAUGUAUAGGUUGUAUUUAUGAAGGUUUUGCUGGACAAAGCUCUACUUGCUGUUACUGUACAAUAAAAUGUUCGUCUAUGAAGUAAGAGUGGAUGUGAUGAGUUUGUUUGUUACCACAUUACAUUUUGUCUAUGUACCUGGUUAAAAUACUUGCAAAGUAUUUAAGCAACAAUUGACCAAUUAAAAUUAAGAAAAUGUG